AUGACCCGCUCGACUAGGCGCGGGCAAGGCAGCGCCUCUCCUCCGCCGGCAGCGUCGACGAGCACAGCACCACCGCCAGCUACUCGUAGGUCGACGCGGGCGUCGUCCGCCAACCCGCCCGAGGCGUCUGGUUCGAGUGCAGGCGGGACCGGAACCAAGUCGAGGGGAUCGACUCCCGCGCGCGAGUUGAGGAGAGGGAGGAGUCGCGGUCCAAGUGUGCCUCCUGCAGACCUCGAGGCGGUCGCAGAGGUGCCGCGCGGACGAAGAAGCAGGAGAGGGUCGACGAACGGACUCGAGGGGAAAGGGAAAGAGAAGGCUGUGGACGAAGCAGAAGAGGGCGACGAGACGGCACAGGACGUUGACGAACAGCCGCUUGAAUCGCUGCUCGAGGACGGAGCCGAGGCGGAACCAGCCGUCAAGCCGGAGCCCGUCGACGAGGCAAUAGCAGCGGAUCCGUCUGGCGACCCCGGCGCGGAGGCAAUGGAGCAGGUCGCAGCAGUGUCACCUUCCGCCGAAGCCGCGUCCCACGUCGACGUCGAUAAGACGACGGGAACCUCGAGACGGGACUCGACAGCGGCAGAGGAUGCGGCGGGAGGGCCUCAGCUAGUCGAGGAGGGGUUGCCGGCGGCGGCGGUCUCACCAGCAGUCGAAUCGACCUCUCAGCUCACGUCCAAUGCGGUCGUCGACGAUCCGAUCGCACGCUCGCCGCCCGAGGUUGCGGAUGCAGGCGCCAAUUCGCAAGCUCUUCUCGCCUAUACUUCAGCUUCGAAAGUCGUCUCCCCGCCUCCGAUCGACUCCUCCAAACCGACUAGAUCCGCCGAUGCGCAAAACGGAUCCACUGAGGCGGGAAAGGCAGGCGACGACGGUGCGAAAGAGAACUCGGCAGAGGCGGUUGUUGUGGGGGAUGCCGAGAACGCAGGCGGUGUCCAGGUUGACGGCGAGGCGAGCGAUCUCGGGAAAGAGACGAUGAGCACAGCCGCUGAAGAAGCGGUCGGGCAGGCAGAAACAGCAGGCGAUGCGGAGGCGUCGCCAGCCCUUCCUGUCGCGAACAAGUCAGCGGACCAGGCCGCAGACAUGUCGACCUCCAUCGAAGUUCCUCCCAGCAACGAAGCUCCAGCAACGACCGCCGAAGUCGAAACCAUCGCCGCAGCCGACUCCGCUCCUGCCGCAUCUUCCGCUCCGUCUCCCACUCCCGUCACGGCGCUCGCUCGCGCAACCGCCUCUGCCACAGUCUCCUCGUUUUCUCCUGCCGUCUCGCCUGCCGUCGCCGCAAGUGGUUCGACAACGCCGACAAGCCAGCCGAAGCGGACUCCGCCCGUCCCGGCUGGGGGCAUCGCCAUGCCGCCCGCGCUGCAGGCGAUGACGCCGAAGGACGUGCGCAAACGCUUCAACACGCACAAGAUCGCCUGCGUGCAGACUCUCAACGUCGAGCUUAUCAAGGUCGCCAACGAACUCGUCAAGGAGAAGCCGCUCAAGCAGGUCGAGUAUAUGCCGCUCAUGCAGCGGCUCCAGUCGAAUCUGGCAUACUUGACGGCCAUGUCCGAGAUCAACCGGGGGAAGGACAGCACUCGCUCAUCUCCCCCUCCCCCUAUUCUCGAAGCGCCUCCGACCCCCAUCCUCGGCCCUCGUCUCGCCGCAUCCUACGCGACUCUGAAGGGCUACUUCGUCGCCGCCGAAAAGUACGAGAUGCAGUACAAGCGCGGACUGACGAUUGUUCCGACUGCCGCGCCUGAUGCGACCGGCAUCAACUCAGCGGUCAAGGUCGGCGAGCCGAAGCCGCUCAGGUCGGCGGCGGUGAGCGCCACAUCAAUGCCUGCGCUUGCGUCGGGCGAAGUGAACGGGAUUGUGGGAAAGCGGACGAGGGGAGAUGAGCCGCCUGGCGGACCCGGAGACGGGACGGAGGGACCGGACGCAAAGAAGGGCAAGCUGGAUCUGCCGACGGUGCCAGAAGAGGAGGUCGUGCCGGCGAAUCCACCGCCUUCGAACGCUCUCGCACCCCCCGCCAAACUCGUCGCCAACGCGCCGUCAGCAGCGAUCGGCUUUUCCACCAUACCUACCGACAAUGCUGCCCGCUUCAACGCCCCUCCCCCCGACGCAGCCUACGGCAUGUCCGGUCCUCCUGCCGUCGCUGCUGCCUCAUCCGCGUACAGCCCGGCGAUUCCGCCUUCGAGCGUUGCCUCCCUGACAGCGACGCCCGCUCCACCAAAUCGCCGGUCUGCAACGCCUUCGCAGCCGUUUGCGACACCACAUUCGGCGCCGCCACGCCCAACUUCUGCGCAAUCUGGGCAGAUGUACGGUUCGGCGAUGCCGCCGCACCUUCAGCAGCAGCAGGCUCAGCAGCUUCAGCAAUCGCCAACGCCGUACGCCGCGCUCUCGCAGCAGCAGCAGCAGGCCGACAUGCGUCAGCCGCAAACCCAAACACCCCAGCGUCCUCCUUCCGCCGCCGCCAAUCUCCCUCGACCUGGUUCUGCUAUGCAAGGCCAGCAAUUCGCCCCUCAGCCGCCACCCGCUUUGGCGCCGCAGCAGCAGUUCCAGCCGCCUCCACCUCGCACGCCCGUCCAGCAGCCUCAGCAAGUCCCGCCAAGCGCGCCGCCCGCUCCGACAGGCGCAACCGGUGUCGGCGGAGACGACCGGCCGAUUGCAGAGCAGUACAGCUCCGUCCAGGCGAUCAUCUCGGCGCCAACCUUUCGUCAGCUUCCGCCCGCACUGCAGCAGCAGAUGCAGACUCAGGCUCAGAACCUGCUGUACCAGAUGCAGGCGCAGGCUGUUGCGGCAGCGCGCGGCGGAGGGGUCAAUCAGGCUCAGCAGCAGCGGAUGACCACGCCGGCACCGACCGGACCAGCCACGGUCGCGAGCAGUCCUAGGAACCGCGUUCCCUCGUACUCGCAGAGUCCGCAAGUCGCACACGCCCAGGUACGGCAGGCGAGCGUCGGCGUUCCCGGCACACAGUACGCAGGAUCGUACGCCGGAAGCAUGGCGGGCAGCCCGCCCGUUAUGCAGCAGCUGGCGCAUCAGCAGCAGGUCCGCCCCACGUCGGCGACAUCGGCGGGCGAAAGCUCGUCGGCUGCUUUCUUCCGCGAGCAGCUCGCCGCCCAGCAGCAUGCCCUGCGCUCGAGCACGCCCGCCCAGUACGCCCCGUCGCCACAGCAGCAGCACAUGUAUGCAGCACCGUCACCGUCGCCUCACAUGCAGCCAGCGCGACCGCCGAGCACGCCCGCCAACUACGCCGCUUUCGGUGCACAUCAGCGCGUCGCUUCCGGUCAGUACCAACAACAGGCGAACCCGUACUAUCAGCAAGCAGCCUCGCCGGCUCAGUACGUCGCAGCGUCUCCGGCUCAACAGCAUGCUCCCUCGCCAGCCGGCUAUCCCGUUCCUCAACCUCAGCAGCCGUACCAGCAGGCGGGCACAACUGCCCCGCGAUCGUUCUCGAAUGGUUCGGCAGCCGCAGCACCUUCUCCUCGUGCGCCCAGCCGAGGUCCCGGAACGCCCGGACCCGGCCAGCAGCAACGGCCUCCGCAACAGUAUCAAUACGUCCCGAUGCCUACGCAGCAGCAAUACGCGCAGCAGAACUUUACCCAGCAGCAGCAGCCAUCCAAUUUCCCUCCCCAGGCGACUCCCGCCGGCAGCUUUGCCUCGUCCGCCGUCCCCUCUGCGACUUCAUCGAUGCCUCCGCCCCCUGCACCGACUGCGACAGCCCAACAACAGCAACUUUCUUCGCAACCUCCGGCCUCCACCUCGACUGCCCUUUCCAGCAUACCCGUCUCUACCGCCCCCGGUUCGACUCCCUUCCUUACCGGCACGUCCGCCUCGACUACACUCGCAACAGGCGCUCCAUCGACGAACGCAUUCGCCACGGGCUCGAGCUGGAACUCGGUCAACCUCGGCACGCCCUCCGUCGGUGUUGGCUUGCCCGGCUCGGAUCCUUGGGGCAAUCCGCUCGACUCGCUCGGCACGUCGUCGACGACUGGCAUCACCGGCAACUCGAGCACCGAUAUCUCGAUGGCGGCGGAUGACGAUUGGGAGAGUUUCCUCAACCUUUGA